CGGAUCGAGGCGGCGUUGUUUCUGUCUGUCGGCAAGAGUUGUCGAAUAGAAUAUCUUGUCCGGCUUUGUCUUAUUUCUGUGCAUUUUAGGGGCAUUUUAUAUACCGGCUACCUAAUCAAUUCCCUAAAAAAUGAGUCGGAGAAGGCCUCAUGAUGAUGACGAUGGAUACGAACGUGCUCACAGGAAAAGGAGGAGGGUAUCUGAAAAUCAAGAAAUUGAAGAUCGUCUAGAAUCAUUGAUCCUUCGUGUUGGAGAGAAGAGCACAGCUUCGCUUGAAAGUAACCUGGAAGGUUUGGCCAGUGUUCUUGAAGCAGACUUGGCAAGCUUCAAGGCCAAAAUUCUUCGCAUUCUUACAGAAUGUGCUAUCAAAAUGCCAGAAAAGUGUACUAUAUAUACUACCCUUGUCGGUCUUCUUAAUGCCAAGAACUAUAAUUUUGGAGGAGAGUUCGUUGAACAUAUGGUAAAGAAUUUUAAAGACUCUUUGAAGACAUGUCGUUGGAAUGCUGCUCGUUACUCUCUUCGGUUCCUAGCUGAUCUUGUCAAUUGCCAUGUCAUUGCUGCAACCUCUCUUAUUACUUUGCUUGACCUCAUGGUUGAUGUUGCCAAAGAAGAAGGUGUUCCAAAUGUGCGAAAGGAUUGGUUUGUUUAUUCCGUCCUGUCAGCCUUACCAUGGGUUGGGCGGGAACUGUAUGAAAAGAAAGAAUCUCAACUUGAAAUGCUUCUUGUCAAAAUAGAAGUGUUCCUAAAUAAAAGAAGUAAGAAGCACCACACUGCAUUAAGAGUGUGGUCUCAAGAUACACCACAUCCGCAAGAAGAGUACCUUGACUGUCUCUGGGCGCAAGUCCGUAAACUUCGUCAGGAUAACUGGGUUGAGAAGCACAUACCCAGACCUUAUUUGGCUUUUGACAGCAUUCUCUGUGAAGCCUUGCAACACAAUUUGCCUACUAUUCUCCCCCCUCCUCAUGAUCCAAAUUAUGAAUACCCAAUGCCAUGGGUUGUUUUCCGAAUGUUUGACUACACUGACUGCCCAGAGGGUCCCAUUUUACCUGGUGCACAUUCUAUUGAGAGAUUCUUGAUAGAGGAACAUCUACAUCAAAUCUUGGAAGUUAACCACCUGGAAAGGAAAGACUGCGCUUCCGCUUUAUUAAACUUCCCUUACAAGUCGAAGAUUCCUCUUGAUUAUUCAAUUGUGGAAAUUAUUUUUGCUGAAUUAUUUCACAUGCCAACACCCCGUUAUCUUGAAAUUUGCUAUGGCUCAAUUCUUAUUGAAUUGUGCAAGCUGCAACCCAGUACCAUGCCUCAGGUAUUGGCUCAAGCAACUGAAAUUCUCUUCAUGCGCAUUGACACUAUGAAUGUGACUUGCUUUGAUAGAUUUGUGGCGUGGUUUUCGUAUCACUUGAGCAACUUCCAAUUCCGUUGGUCUUGGGAUGAUUGGGACUUCUGCCUUCAAUUGGAUCUGGAGCAUCCAAGACCGAAAUUUGUUAAAGAAGUCUUACAGAAAGCACUUCGUUUGUCCUACUUCCAGAGGAUAAAAGAGAUAAUGCCUGAAAUCUAUGAGCCAUUGUUACCAUCUAAACCGGAACCAGACUACAAAUACACCCAUGACAAUGCAGCGUCGCUGCCCGGCACGACUGCAGCCCACUCCCUGGUGGUGGCGGUGCGGCAGAAGUGCUCUCCCGAGGAGGUGCUCAACGUCCUCCAAGACCUCCCCAACCCGCGGCAGGAGGCGGACGCGGACGGCGAGGGAGGCUUCAACCCCCUCAAGAUCGACGUGUUUGUCCAGACGCUCCUCAACUUGGGCUCCAAGAGCUUCUCGCACUCCUUUGCCGCCAUCGGCAAGUUCCACUUCGUGUUCAAGACGUUGGCCGAAUCAGAGGAAGCCCAGAUAUGCAUUCUUCGUAACUUGUUCUCACUGUGGCAGAAUCAUCAACAAAUGAUUUGUGUGCUCAUUGACAAGAUGCUGAAGCUUCAAAUUAUUGAAUGCUCUGCUGUAGCUAACUGGAUCUUCUCAAGAGAAAUGCAAUCGGAAUUCACCAAGACAUAUAUUUGGGAAGUUCUUCAUUUGACCAUCAAGAAAAUGAACAAACAUGUCACUAGACUGCAGAGAGAACUCUCUGAUGCAAGGGACAAAAUGAGAAGGCAUGAUAGUGACAGCGAAAGUGAAGAUGAUCGUAAGCGGAGAAGAGAAGAUCAUGAUGACAAGGACAAGCCUACUGAGGAAGUUGUAGAGCGAAUGGAAGAGAAGCUGGAAGCAGCCCAGGCAGACCAAAAAAAUCUUUUCCUCAUUAUUUUCCAGAGAUUCAUCAUGAUCCUAUCAGAGCAUCUUGUUAGAUGUGACACAGACAACAAAGACUUCAACACAUUUUGGUAUAAGUGGACCAUAGGCCGCCUUCAACAAGUUUUCCUUACUCAUCAUGAACAAGUUCAGAAGUACAGUUCUACACUUGAAACCCUGCUCUUCACCCAAGAUUUGGACUCUCAUAUCAUGGAUGUCUUCCAUCAGUUCACAUCUUUAAAAGCAUAAACUUGCACAUUCCCCCAAAAUUGAUUUCAUGUAUAUUCAUGAAGAUUUUUCAGUUAUUUGGUCCUGAAUGUUUGCACAUGGUCCUGUUCUAUCACCUGACAGUAUGAGUAUUGAAAAAAAUAUUCUCAGAUUAUAUUUGGUUGUUGUAGAAGUUAGUUAAUUCAAUUGCAGUGAACUAAUUUGUGUGAAUGUUUGUGUUAAAUUCUGUACAUAUUUAAGUUAUGAGUGAGAUUUAAAUUUGACUGAUAGUUCACUAUUGAAGUUAAAACAGGAAAUUUUAUUGUCCAAUAUUUUCUUUUAAUGAAUUGUUUUGAGGACAAGAAUUAAAAUACGAUUGCUACUGGAAUAAUGUAUUGUUUUCCCUCUAAAUUUUUGCUAUCUAUUGCCCUAAAAUAUCUAGCUUUGACAAUGAACAAUUGUUUACUAAAAAUGGAUCUGACAUUCUAGGUUUCCUAAUGUACUUCGGUCACAUUGAUGUACAAAAUUCAUUCGCUUGUCAUAAGGGACAGAAUUGUGACUAACAUCGAGGCUGUGUCAACUUGAGCAAGUCCUGUCAGACAGGCAGCAUCUCCUGAUUUGAACACAUUUAUAUUUUUCUAGUUUAGUAAAUAAACUUGUGACAAAUGAGA